AUGAAUUUUGAUUUGUCGCAUACCGUUCCCUUGGAACUUCAAGUCACAAAUGUGGACAGUCAUUUAUAUCGCCUAGCUAAUAAAUUUUACGACCCGUGUAGGUGGGAAAGGGGAUUAGAGUUUAUGAGCUAUCGCAUAGGACUCAUUUAUCCGGCUAAUAAAAAGUGGCCUAAAAGGCCUAGGAGUGGUAUACAACCCCGAGAUUUACAGUUAGUAAAUUUUGCUGCCCGUUUGGGUGGGAAAGUUUACGAGUUAUCGCAUAAAUAUUAA